AAAAUCGGGAUACCUGGUUACCUACAAAUCAAAGUGAUCCGUGAUAAGUGUCUGUUGAAAGUGAAUGUUUGAUAGGUUGUAACCCCGAGAAAAAACUUUAAAUGAAAGGGAUUUUAAAAAAUUUUAAUUAUUAGUAAAUUUAUUAAAAAAUAGAGCAAACAUGACUAGUGAUAUUAAGAAAAACGGCGUGGAUAAUUUUGCCUUUGAAACAAAUGGAGAUAUUGAAUUAGGAAAUGAACAUGGAAACGGUAAACCUCCAGAAGAGGCGGAAAGAGCGCAAUGGGGCAACGGUAUUGAAUUUUUGAUGUCCUGUAUCGCCAUGUCAGUUGGUCUGGGCAAUAUUUGGCGAUUUCCUUUCACUGCCUAUGAAAAUGGCGGGGGCGCCUUUUUGAUACCUUACCUCAUUAUUUUAACGGUGGUCGGAAGACCGCUUUAUUACAUGGAGAUGACGUUGGGGCAGUUUUCAAGCCGAGGGAAUGUCAAGAUGUAUUCUGGGUUGUCACCAGUAUUUAAAUGUAUAGGUUAUGGCCAACUCUUAAGCAGCAUAUGCGUCGCCACCUAUUACUGCUGUUUAAUGGCAAUAACAUUAUUUUACUUCGUGAAUUCCUUUACGUCCGAACUUCCAUGGGCCACCUGCCAGAACGAGUGGAUUCCUUACUUAGCGAAAAUCAACAGGACAUGCAUAGGAGCCGAGGAGAAGUCUGGAAGUCAACUUAACACCAUCAGUUCAUCAGAAAUGUGGUUUAAGCGCGAAGUCCUCCACGAGACAGAUGAUAUAGGAGCGGGUAUCGGGGUCCCAGAGUGGCGGCUGUCGCUCUGUCUGCUUGCCUCGUGGGUCAUGAUGUACUUUGUCAGCAUUAAGGGGGUUCAGAGUUCAGGCAAAGCGUCCUAUUUUCUGGCGUUGUUCCCCUACGUCAUCAUGAUAACUCUGUUGAUAAAAGCGGCAACGCUGGAUGGCGCAGCCGACGGGAUGUACUUUUUCAUCAAGUUUGAUUGGGGAAAAUUGAUGGACGCAAAGGUGUGGUACGCUGCUAUAACGCAGUGCUUCUUCUCUCUAAACGUUGGGUUUGGUUCAAUUAUAAUGUAUUCUUCGUACAACAACUUUGAUCACAAUAUUAACAGGGAUGCUUUGGUUGUAACUUCCUUGGACACGUGUACAUCUUUAUUAUCGGGUGUUACGAUUUUCGGUAUUUUGGGAAAUUUAGCGUACAAUAUUGGUGUUACACCGGAUAAAGUUAUAAACUCUGGAGGUACUGGUUUGGCUUUUAUAUCAUAUCCAGACGCUAUUUCCAAAUUUGAAUCUGUUCCUUGGCUAUUUGCUCUCUUAUUCUUCUUAAUGCUGUUCGUACUUGGAAUGGGUAGUUUGGUGGCCAUUGCUGGCUCAUGUAAUACAGUUCUUAAGGAUGCAUUUCCCAAUAUUGAAAUGUGGAAAAUUGCAUUGUUCACUGCACUUGUUGGUUUUUUUACUGGACUUGUUUAUGUAACACCGGGAGGGCAAUACAUCUUGGAUUUAGUAGAUUUCUUUGGCGGAACUUUCCUUACUUAUGUUUUUGCCAUUUUUGAAGUUGUUGCAGUGAUGUGGAUAUAUGGAUUGGACAAUUUUUGCGAAGAUUUGGAAUUCAUGACGAAGAAAAAAGUGGGGCUCUAUUGGAGAAUAACAUGGGGUUUCAUAACACCAGUAAUUUUAAUAGUUGUAUUUUUCUAUUUUAUCUUUACAUUGAAACCGCUGCAAUAUGGAAUAUAUCAGUAUUACUAUCCUGAAGGAAUUACAGCUGCUGGGUGGUGUAUUCUGGGACUUGGAAUUCUUCAGGCGAUAUGUUGGAUAUCUUAUUACGCAUAUCAUGCCAGAAAAACCUCUAAAAACGGUUUUUGGUCAAAUUUCUUCAGUCAUGAUAAAUGGAGACCCAAAAGGCAAGAUAGAUACGAAGAAUGGAAAAAAUUCAAAGAAGAAUCCCAAAGUAGAAAACCUGUGGGUAGAAGUUUUAUGCAAAAAUAUAUCGAUGCCUUAUUGGGUAGGCAGUUUACUUAAAUAUCAGUUUUAAGAGUGUUAUGUAUUUUCAAAGAGAGUAUAGA